UUCCCUCUCGCUUCUCGAGUCAGUCUCCAGGAUUUUCUCUCUUCCUAUUUCAAGAAGACUCUGAGACUCCCUCAGUCUGUGUGAAGCUGAGAUUUCCCCUGCAUCCCGUACGUACAUCUCCAUCACAUACCUCCACGCGCACACCUCCCCGAGAGCUCCGCGCUCACACCCACAAACACGCGCGCACACACUCGCGCCGGCCCGUCCAUCUCCCUCCGGGGGGAGCCCGCGCGCGCGGUCCCACCUUCGUCGCACACACUGGCUAGGCGAGCUCGCAGCGCUCUACGACUCUGCGGCUCGGAACUCGGACCGCAGCGCUGAACACCCCCCACUGUGGAAUUUUUUUUUAAAAAGACGUUUCUUUGCCUUUUCCUCUUUUCUGGUCUUUCUCGCACGGUUUUCUACCGGAACGGCUAGCGGAGCCGGCUGCAGUCUCAAGGCAGCCCCUGGUUGGCUUGCCAUCCUCCAUCUGGCUUAUAAAAGUUUGCUGAGCGCAGUCCAGAGGGCUGCGCGGAUCGUCCCCUCGGCCGGCGGAAGGGGGUGACGCUGGGCAGCGGCUAAGGAGCGCGCCGCAGGCUCUGGCGGGCUUUCCGCUCGAGGGGCAAGGUGAAGAGCGCACACUGGGAGCUGGGGGCUGCUGAGGUGGACUUGCAUGUUGCACCAUGCCUUCUUGGAUCCGGGCUGUGAUUCUUCCUCUCUCCGGGCUGCUGCUGUCCCUCCCGGCCGCGGCGGACGUGAAGGCUCGGAGCUGCAGCGAGGUCCGCCAGGCUUACGGUGCCAAGGGAUUCAGCCUAGCGGACAUCCCCUACCAGGAGAUCGCAGGGGAGCACUUGCGCAUCUGUCCUCAGGAAUAUACGUGCUGCACCACAGAAAUGGAAGACAAGUUAAGCCAACAGAGCAAACUGGAGUUCGAAAACCUUGUAGAAGAGACGAGUCAUUUUGUACGCACCACGUUUGUGUCAAGGCACAAGAAAUUUGAUGAAUUUUUCCGUGAGCUGCUGGAAAAUGCAGAAAAGUCCUUAAAUGACAUGUUCGUCCGGACCUACGGGAUGCUGUACAUGCAGAACUCGGAGGUCUUUCAGGACCUCUUCACCGAGCUGAAGAGGUACUAUACAGGGGGCAACGUCAACCUGGAAGAGAUGCUCAAUGACUUCUGGGCUCGGCUCCUGGAGCGCAUGUUCCAGCUGAUAAACCCCCAAUACCACUUCAGCGAGGACUACCUGGAGUGUGUGAGCAAGUACACGGACCAGCUGAAGCCAUUUGGAGACGUCCAACGGAAACUGAAGAUCCAGGUCACGCGCGCCUUCAUUGCUGCUCGCACCUUCGUCCAAGGCCUGACAGUGGGCAGAGAAGUCGCCAACCGAGUUUCCAAGGUGAGCCCCACCCCUGGGUGCAUCCGGGCUCUCAUGAAGAUGCUGUACUGCCCAUACUGCCGAGGCUUACCCACUGUGAGGCCUUGCAACAACUACUGCCUCAACGUCAUGAAGGGCUGUCUGGCCAACCAGGCAGAUCUGGACACCGAGUGGAAUCUCUUCAUAGAUGCGAUGCUCUUGGUGGCGGAGAGACUGGAAGGGCCGUUCAACAUCGAGUCAGUCAUGGACCCGAUAGACGUCAAGAUCUCUGAAGCCAUCAUGAACAUGCAAGAAAACAGCAUGCAGGUGUCAGCCAAGGUCUUUCAGGGUUGUGGCCAGCCCAAACCUGCUCCGGCUCUGAGAUCUGCUCGCUCAGCUCCAGAAAAUUUCAACACCCGCUUUCGUCCCUACAACCCUGAGGAAAGACCCACAACCGCAGCAGGCACGAGCUUGGACCGGCUGAGGACUGUGUGGAGGACCAUGCAGCAUAGUGUCACAGACAUAAAAGAGAAAUUGAAGCUCUCUAAAAAGGUCUGGUCGGCAUUGCCCUACACCAUCUGCAAGGAUGAAAGUGUGACAGCAGGCACGUCCAAUGAGGAAGAGUGCUGGAACGGACACAGCAAAGCCAGAUACCUGCCUGAGAUCAUGAAUGACGGGCUGACCAACCAAAUCAACAAUCCAGAGGUAGAGGUGGACAUCACUCGGCCCGACACCUUCAUCAGACAGCAGAUCAUGGCUCUCCGAGUGAUGACCAACAAACUGAAGAACGCUUACAACGGCAAUGACGUCAACUUCCAAGACACAAGUGAUGAGUCCAGCGGCUCGGGCAGCGGCAGUGGGUGCAUGGAUGACGUGUGUCCCACAGAGUUCGAGUUUGUCACCACCGAGGCCCCUGCAGUAGACCCGGACCGGAGGGAAGAGGACUCUUCCUCUGUCCAGCUCAGCUACUCCCUGCUCUCCUGGUCUCUGGUCUGCGUGGCCUUGGCCCUGCAGAGACUCUACAGAUAAUCACGGGCUUUGGUCAAAUGAAACUGCAUUUUAGCUCUUCAGUGGCCAACUCUCUUCUUUUCUUACUCUUGGACAAUGGACCACGCCACAAAACUCGCCGUUUUCUAUGACAAGAGAGCAGGCUUGCGGUCUGCCUCCAUUUUUGUUUUUUCCAAAGAGUACCGGGUGCCAGAUGAUCUGCUUCUUUUCCCUACACCUGCGUGUGGGGACCUCGUUUAUUCCAGAGAGAUUUCUUACUCAAAUCUUUCGUACCAAGAGGUUUUG